CGCAGUUAUCACACGGCCAUCCAUCGUUUCUCUCUGUCUCUCAUGUGUCGCUGGAUGAUGGAAAACGGAACUGAUGAAAAUAAACAGCUGGCCGUGGAAUUAUCGAGGCAGUUGGGACGCGUCGAGGAGGAAUCGUGUUUGGUGUGUCGGGAAGUCGUACCGAUUGAUUCUCUUACCCACGGCAAAUGUAAAAAUGGUCACACGCUCCCGAGAUGUUGCCGGACUCUACUGCUGACGAGACCUAUCUUGCUAUGCCCCAGGUGUCAGCUCUUUGUGCAUAAGGAGGCCGAGUAUCUGGACUCGGAAACCUCGGCUACGUGUGCAUACUGCGACGGUUUCGUGAUCAACAAACUAAACGCGAGGUCACAGCCCCGCCCUGAGAGCAAGAGGGCCGUCGUCAAGCUACCACACGGUCAUCACUCGAAACACGGCAGGAGAAAUCAUUAAAAAGUGUUGCAAGGAGUCAUCGUAUUCGUGGGGUCAUCGUAGUUAAGAGGUGGGGGUCAUUGUGUUCAAGGGGUUAAAUCAUCAUACUCAAGGGGUUAAAUCAUCAUACUCAAGGGGUUAAUUCAUCAUAUUCAAGGGGUUAAGUCAUCAUAUUCAAGGAAUCAUCUUACUUAAUCUAUGUUUCUUCUCUCUCUCUUUCUCUCUAUCCAUCUAUUCCAAUCUCUCAACCUCUCUAUUUAUCAUUUUUCUAUCUAUCUAUAAACAAGAGUCCCCAGGUUAUAUGCGAGUCCCAUUCCUACAGACGGUCACAAGUCAAAACACACCUUAUAUACAUACCAUCUUUACAAUGUUUAAAAUCCUACUCAUUCAUAGUCUAUGUUCUUGUAUUCAUUUAGCAUCACAUAAUAUAAGUUAAAGAAGAAAUAGAAUGAUAAAAUAUAGUAAUUGAAGGUAAGAACUAGUCAGGGUAGUAGGUAGCUAUCAAACAGGGAGGUACUACGGCCUGGGAUGAUAUUUGAAGCAUAAUGUACUGUCUAAUGUGCCUGGGGUCGGAUAAUCCCUGUAAAAAUUGCGUGAAGUUAAUGUUUGUUUUUAUGGGACCGCGUUCGUUUUGGCAGAUGUUUGUUUGUAAGUCUGACACAUGUAAGCUGGACAUGGCUUUUAUAGAUCUAUUUCUUUCUCUCUAUCUUCCUAUCUCUCACACUGCCUCCCAAGUAUAUGCUACCAAAAGGACUAAUUAAUUUCUGUUUAAUAUAUAUUUUUUUUUAGUCUAACAAAUUUUGUGUAUAGGAAAUUUAGUUCAUAUAUGUGUUUGAUGUAAGGUUAUAUUUUUUUAUGGUCGCCUGAAGAUAAGACCCCCUUUAGUUUGUUUCACUUGAGAGUAAUUGUCCUAAUGGUAAUCUGACCUAACCCCUCAGGUAGUUUAAGGGUGAAAUAAACUGGGGUGUCUAAUCUUCAUGUCGUUCUUAAGAUGUAAAAGAUGUCUGAGAAAUAUAUCGACGGGAAGCAUAGCAGGGACUGAUUUACGCGUUGUGUGAACACCUUCGAGAUCCCAGCUCAUCGACCGUAACUUACCCCAAAGGUGAAUUUAUUGCGGGGAGUCGUCACUUACGCUGCGAACGAUGACGGAUACGUUAUACAUUAGUGUUAUUUUUUUCGAUGGUAGUUCGGAGUGUAAAUAAAUACAGAUUAUUACCAAGACAAUCAGUUCACGUCUAGGCAUUUUUUCGAUGGUUUGCGAGUUUUCAUAGUUUAAGAUCAGUUGUUUGCGAGUUUUCAUAGUUUAAGGUCAGUAGUAUGACUUAUUUGUAAACACACUAUUAUGUUAAUAAAUAUACAUUCUUUA